UGUUCUGCUGCACGGGUUUGAGGAGCACUGCAAGUUUGCUGUGGUCUGACGGCAGUAGGAUGUGUAUCGGGGAUGUAUUAUAUAUUCUUGCUGUAUGAAUGUGAGGCUGUAAUGUGAGAUCUGUCUUAAUAACACACAGGAGAUUUUGCACAGAUAUUUCCUGCACUGCUUCUCAAUCUGACUGCCCACGUGAGGACACAAAGUAGACGCAGUGCUCCACUGGACAUGGAGAUGGUCGACGUUUGGUGGAACAUGAGGCUGGACGCCCUGUUGGGUCGUUGACUAUUCAAACUGCAGGGCGUUGGAUGCGCACUCAACCCACCUGAACAACCACUGCCAUCCAGUACUGCGAGUUUGAUCUCCAGGAUGACUGUGGUGGUUGCUGGAGAUAAUAUGGAUGAGACAUCCUCCACUCUGCAGGGGCAUCCACAGGACUCACAGUAUUCCCCCGAGUGCUGUGAGCGAGUUGUUAUCAACAUCUCAGGGCUACGCUUUGAGACACAACUCAAGACGCUUGCCCAGUUCCCUGACACCUUACUGGGCAACCCCAAGAAAAGGAUGCGCUACUUUGACCCUUUAAGGAAUGAGUACUUCUUUGACAGAAACCGUCCAAGCUUUGAUGCAAUCCUCUACUACUAUCAGUCAGGGGGAAGGUUAAGAAGACCCGUCAAUGUACCUUUGGAUAUGUUCUCAGAGGAAAUUAAGUUCUACGAGCUUGGAGAAGAAGCUAUGGAAAAAUUUCGUGAGGAUGAGGGCUUUAUUCGUGAGGAAGAACGCCCCCUUCCGGAGAAUGAGUUUCAGAGACAGAUUUGGCUGCUGUUUGAGCAUCCCGAGAGCUCAGGCCCUGCCAGAGGGAUUGCGAUAGUGUCCGUCAUGGUUAUUCUCAUUUCUAUAGUGAUAUUUUGCUUGGAGACUUUACCAGAGUUGAAAGAGGAUCCACAUGGACGGCUUCAGGUGAUAGGCAACAGCACAUUCUACUUCAAACCAAAUAUUCUUACCGACCCGUUUUUUGUUGUGGAGACACUCUGCAUCAUCUGGUUUUCUUUUGAGUUGAUUGUCCGUUUUUUCGCUUGCCCGAGUAAACCUGCCUUCUUCAAAAACAUGAUGAACACGAUCGACAUUGUUUCCAUCAUUCCAUAUUUCAUAACGCUCGGAACAGAGAUGGCAGAGGACCCUGAGGGUGGAAAGGAGGCGAAAGGUGGAGGAGAGCAGGCCACAUCUCUGGCCAUUCUCAGGGUUAUCCGCUUGGUCAGGGUGUUUCGGAUAUUUAAGCUGUCCAGACACUCCAAGGGGCUUCAGAUCUUGGGCCAGACUUUGAAAGCCAGCAUGCGUGAGCUGGGUCUUCUCAUCUUUUUUCUUUUCAUCGGCGUCAUUUUGUUUUCCAGUGCGGUGUAUUUUGCUGAGGCUGAGGAAAAGGAUUCCUUUUUCACAAGCAUCCCAGACGCCUUCUGGUGGGCAGUGGUUUCGAUGACAACUGUGGGGUACGGAGACAUGUACCCCGUUACUAUUGGGGGCAAGAUAGUAGGCUCUCUAUGUGCCAUUGCCGGAGUGCUAACGAUCGCGCUUCCAGUGCCUGUGAUUGUGUCCAACUUUAACUAUUUCUAUCACAGAGAAACCGAAGGCGAUGAACAGGCACAGCUCCUCACGGUGAGCAAUCCGAACAUCGCAUCCGAUUCUAACUCCAGUCGUCGCAGCUCGUCUGUCGUCAGCAAGUCAGAAUACAUGGAGAUUGACGAUGACCUCAAUAACAGCAUUGAUAACUUUCGCGAGGCAAACCUGCGAACUGGAAACUGCACAGUUGUGAAUCAGAAUUGUGUAAAUAAAGGGAAGCGUCUCACAGAUGUAUAGGUGUGUCAUUUUAGGCCAUUAUAAAAUGCCCCGACUGUACAUAGUGUGGUCUAUUCAUUUAUCAGAAUGCUUUAACACGGCCUCUGAUAAUGUGUUAUUUCAUUACGUAUGUUUUAUCUCAAGUCCACGAGGGUUGCUUUGAUUCUGUCCGAAGAAUGGUAGUCUAAAAUCUGCCUAUGGAUACCAAAUAUUAAAUAACUAAAAGACAGAAUAACUAUCAUAUGUUCUUGGGAAGGUUGCAGUACUUGCAUAUAUAAAUGACUUUUCAUUUUGCAAUGCACCUUAUCCCAAAAUAUUAUCAGCUAUUCAGUGACUCAUUUGCAAAAAUAAGAUCAGCAUGUAGAACUAAUGCUUUUUUUUGUACCAUAUGUUGACCAUUUAUUUAUUUACUUGUUUAUUUGCUAAUUGUAGGUUAUUGUAAACCAUUUACAAACUGAAUGUUGAUUAAUUAUGCAGAUCAUGGCAUGUUUAUGAAAUGUUGAGGUCUGUUUGAUAUGGUACUAUGUAUCCAUCUAUAAUUAAGACAUGACAUCAAAACAAACUUUAUUACAUAUAGCCAAGCUGACAGUAUAACUCUUCUGGACUACAACCACUGCCCAUUAAAAGCACAACUUUCUUAAACAUCUUCAAAAAGUAUUUAAAUCUGUUCCAGGCAGUAUUACUUUGUAAAAGUAUGACUUUGUUUGUUAAAGUGUUUUAAAUGUACAUAUUCAGUGCUAUACUUAAUUAAUCAUAAGAUCUAUUUAUCUAUUUUAAAUCAUUGUAAUUAUUAUAUUCAAUUAUAUAUUAUAUGUAAUACAUUGUAACUGCAUAUUUAAAUGAAUAAUUUAAUAGUGCCUUCAGUCCUCUAACUGGCAUAGAGUGUCUCAACAUGCAAUAGUUACUGUAAAACAUUUGCAUAUCUAAUCACACAUGACGUGUCGAGGGAUAUUCCAGAGCUGCUGGGAUUGAAUUUCAGGAAACGGUCCCUCAACAUCCUUGUACAUACAAUGGACAGUGUGUUUUCUUUUUUUGGACAUCUUUAUGUAUUCUUUUGUAAUGGCUGUGUUUUUCUCAUUGGUUGCUUUGGAUCUACCUCAGUGUGGUCAUGCAUAGUAUGCUUGUCAAUGCAAACUUCAUAUUCUGUCAAAUUAUCCAGUCAAAUUAUGUGGGAGAGGGUUUAGAGGGUUUACUGGGGUUGGGGGUAGAAAUGAGUAUGCAAUGGAGGUAAAGCAUUUUAUUUCAAAAUAAGAGUCCAAUAGAACUAUAAUUGCAGACAAAAGUCCAGAAAGUGAUGCUAAGCACAAGCACUAAUAGCUCUAUAAAAUACGCACAGAUCUGCAUCAGGGACUGUAAUCGGUAGAAACUGCCAUUACUUUUAAUAUCCGUUACAAUGUGAGUUGAGAUCUAAAAUGAAUACCUUUAAUUUGAGUGUAAAUGUUGUCUAUCAAAACCUAAUGCACUUUAACAAGACUUCAUGUAUUAAUAGGUUUUGCAAAAAGAAUGACUAAAAGAACGAAAGGUAAAAUAAAGAAUCUGAAGACAAUGUGUUGAUUUGUUCAUGUUAAGGAUGUGUGUAUAUUUGCAGGACAGCAUCUUAACCAGCAUAGGUGUUUUGCAACCCUUUAAUUCGUUCGUUGGGGCAUUUAUGAUAUUCACUUAAAUAAUAAACAUCACACCUGUGGUGCUUUGCCAGCAAAAUAAAUAGCUGAGAUUAAAGAAAAGAAAAUCUAUUUUUACAAUGUGUUUAUACAGUUAUGUAUAAAAGAAAUACAUGCCAGAGUGAUGUUUAUUUAUUAAGACUAUAGAUGUCUGCAGUUUGAGAAACACUUUUAUAUGAAACAAAUAGAAUACAAUACAAAACCGUGGACCAAAAAUAGUUAUAAUGGUGAUUUUAUGUUACAACGAUAAAAACAAAGAUUUUAAUGCUAAAAAAAUGUCAAUAUAUUAUGUUAAAGUAAAUCAAAUUCUAUAUAUCUGUGAUAAAGACUGGGAAAAAGAAACAAAUAGAAACAAAAUAACCAGACAUCUAAUAACCAGGGUUCUGAAUCAUUGUCACGUCUAGAGAUUAUCAUGUGUAUUUUCAUCUGGGCUUCUAACGUUGUUAGCAUAAUUUUUGCUUUUGAAUAUGAGAGAGUUUGGUAUAAAUGAGUGAACUGAAAUGUAUAUCUGUAUUAAAAGUACUUUUUUUUCUUUUUUUUUUUUUUUUUUUUUUUUUUUUUUUAAACAGGACCUGGUUUUCAUGUUGGGCUUGUCAUAUGAGUGUUAUGCCAUAACUUAAACUAAAGCACUUUGAUAUUAUGCAUGCAGGCAGCUCUGGGCUUACGUUGCUCUGACAUGAAUCAUGCAAAUGCUGGGAAAAGCUUUUUUUUUUUUCCUUUUUUUAAAAUUAAAUAAUCAAAUCAUUUAAUUGUGAUCAAAAUGAUCUAAUACCCUUAUUUCAGUUGUUUUUGGUGUUUGGCAUACUUUUAACAUGUGUUAACUAUUUAUGGGCUGAUAAGGUGUAUUCUGUUACAUGACACUAUGACCAUUUUAAGUUUUUUUUUUUUUUUCUUACAGUUUUUAAAGAAUGUUUUUCUAAAUUCAUUUAACUCAGUCUUUAGGAUAAAUGAAAAGCUUCAAGGAUUCACAUUGAUAAAUAAAUCUAAUUAAAAUACUCA